GGCUCAGUCGCUCAGUCAGUCUCGGGCUGUCCGGCCAGGGUGGUUGGUGGUAAGGAUUCAGGCUCCGUCCUAACAAGGCCGUGGCCUGAGGCUCAGGGCCCCCCGCCCCUCCCUCCCAGCGCACCAGCGUCACCCCCCAGCCCCGAGCUGGACCGCACACCUUGGGACACGGUUUUCCACUUCCUAAGGACGAGCCCCAGACUGGAGGAGAGGUCCGAGGAGGUGGGCGUUGGACUCUUCGCGAGGACCCCGGCGGCGGGCCCGGGGGAGGCGGCGGAGGCGGCGGCGGCGGCCGGGGGCGACAUGGCGGAGGAGCAGGACCUAUCCGAGGUGGAGCUGAGCCCCGUGGGCUCCGAGGAGCCCCGCUGCCUGUCCCCGGGGAGCGCGCCCUCGCUAGGGCCCGACGGCGGCGGCGGCGGCGGAUCGGGCCUGCGAGCCAGCCCGGGGCCCGGCGAGCUGGGCAAGGUCAAGAAGGAGCAGCAGGACGGCGAGGCGGACGAUGACAAGUUCCCCGUGUGCAUCCGCGAGGCCGUCAGCCAGGUGCUUAGCGGCUACGACUGGACGCUGGUGCCCAUGCCCGUGCGCGUCAAUGGCGCCAGCAAGAGCAAGCCGCACGUCAAGCGGCCCAUGAACGCCUUCAUGGUGUGGGCGCAGGCGGCGCGCAGGAAGCUCGCGGACCAGUACCCGCAUCUGCACAACGCCGAGCUCAGCAAGACGCUGGGCAAGCUCUGGAGGCUGUUGAAUGAAAGUGACAAGCGCCCCUUCAUCGAGGAGGCUGAGCGGCUCCGUAUGCAGCACAAGAAGGACCACCCAGACUACAAGUACCAACCCAGGCGGCGGAAGAAUGGCAAGGCCACCCAGGGCGAGGCGGAGUGCCCGGGUGGGGAGGCUGAGCAAGGUGGGACCGCCACCAUCCAGGCCCACUACAAGAGUGCCCACCUGGACCACCGGCACCCAGGAGAGGGCUCCCCCAUGUCAGAUGGGAACCCCGAGCACCCCUCAGGCCAGAGCCAUGGCCCACCUACCCCUCCAACCACCCCAAAGACAGAGCUGCAGUCGGGCAAGGCAGACCCCAAGCGGGACGGGCGCUCCAUGGGGGAGGGCGGGAAGCCACACAUCGACUUCGGCAACGUGGACAUCGGUGAGAUCAGCCACGAGGUCAUGUCCAACAUGGAGACCUUUGAUGUGGCUGAGUUGGACCAGUACCUGCCGCCCAAUGGGCACCCAGGCCAUGUGGGCAGCUACUCAGCAGCCGGCUACGGGCUGGGCAGCGCCCUGGCCGUGGCCAGUGGACACUCCGCCUGGAUCUCCAAGCCACCAGGUGUGGCUCUGCCCACGGUCUCGCCACCUGGUGUGGAUGCCAAAGCCCAGGUGAAGACAGAGACCGCGGGGCCCCAGGGGCCCCCGCACUACACCGACCAGCCAUCCACCUCACAGAUCGCCUACACCUCCCUCAGCCUGCCCCAUUACGGCUCAGCCUUCCCCUCCAUCUCCCGCCCCCAGUUUGACUACUCUGACCAUCAGCCCUCAGGACCCUAUUAUGGCCACUCCAGCCAAGCCUCUGGCCUCUACUCGGCCUUCUCCUAUAUGGGGCCCUCGCAGCGGCCCCUGUACACGGCCAUCUCUGAUCCCAGCCCUUCAGGGCCCCAGUCCCACAGCCCCACACACUGGGAGCAGCCAGUAUAUACGACGCUGUCCCGGCCCUAAAGGGGGUCCUGUUAUCACCACCCCCUGCCCAGCCCCUGCCCCCAGCCUGUAUGCCCUGUUCCUCGCCCACCUCAGGCCUGGCAGUGGCAGUGGAGGAGGCUGCAGAGGCUGACAGCUGGGGGUGGCUUUCUGUCUGGCUCACUGCCCUGAUGACCCACCCACCCCAUCCUGGCUCCAGCAGCAAAGCCCCAGGCGAGCAGGCUGGGCAGAGGAGAAGGAGGUUGACUGUUGCUCCCACACUGAAAGAUGAGGGGCUGCACCUUCCCCCCAGGAAUGACCCUCUACCCCAGGACCUGAGAAGGACCUGCUCACCCGCCUCAGGGAGGGGAAGCACCAGGGUUGGUGGCAUCGGAGGCCUUACCACUCCUAUGCACUCCUGUUUCCUCUCUCAUGGAGAGUGAGGGUCUGACAUGCCCAUGCCACCAGUGCCACAGUGCCUAAGGGCUAGGCCACCCAGAGACUGUGCCUGGAGCUGGCCAUGUCUCCCACUCAGGGGCUGAGAGUAGCUUUGAGGAGCCUCAUGAGGAGUGGGAGGUUCGCAGGACUUAGUGGAGCUCUCAUCCCUUCAAUGGCCCCUCCCCUCCCGAAGGCAGGAAGGAGUUGGCACAGAGGCCCCCAGAUCCAAGUCUGUGCCAAUAAUCUCAUUCUUUGUCUAAUCGAGAAGGAGCCCCCAGUCCUCCUCCACUACAACCUCCGUGACCUUGAGGCGCAUCCCAGGAGGCGAGGAGACAGGGGCUCCAGGAAAGGAAUCGGAGACAAUUCACAGGGCCUACCCCCCACUCCCCCAGGCUCCUUGCCAGCUCCCUCUUCCCUACUAGGCUCUACAGCCCCUGCUCUGUCAGCUCCACUCCCUGGCUUCCCAGAGAGUUAGAGCUGCUCAGGCCCAAACCCUUGGCUGCAGGAGACACAGGGCCCAGCAUCCAGGUUGCUGGCAGCAGGCUGAAGACACUAGAAUCCUGACAUGUACCUUCUGCCCUUGCCUCUUGCCCCUUGCCUCCCAGUGGUAUUUGAAUAAAGUAUGUAGCUCUAUCUGCCCCCAUGUUCCUGUUCUGCAGCCCCCACUCCCGUUCACAUGUAACUCAUUACUGUCUCCUGUUAUUUAUCUCAGUAGUCCCCUCUCCUAGCCACUCUAGACCCUAUUAACUCUGCAUUAAGCAUUCCACAUAAUAAAAUUAAAGGUUCCGGUUA